GGUCAGAGUCUACGUGGUGAGGUUUGGAACCACUAAUCCGGUUGUACACUUAUCACCAUGGUUGAGACCUGUAGUGGGAUAGACACUAGCCCCUACACCAAGGAGCAGCAAGAGAAGAUGGUCGCCUUAGUGAGAGAAAACAAGGAGAGCAAAGAGCGCGAGAAGCAGGCGAAGUUAAAGGCUAUCGCAGAGGAGCAGGCGGCCAAGAUGAAGGAAUUGGAGGAGGAGAUGGAGAAAAAGAAAAAGGUUGUUGAAGAAGAAGCGGCAGCAGAAGAAGAAAAAGAGAGAAUGCGUAUCGAGAGUAGAGAGGGGAGUAGUGGCACGAAGAGGGAUACGGACGCAGAGAUGGAGAGGAGAAUAAGUGAGUGGGUUGCUAAUUUAUCGUUGGGAGAAGAUGAGGAGGCAGAGUCCUAUGAGUGUAGGAAGGAAGUGUUGGCCCAGCCAGAUGAUAAGGCCAAGUGGGACAAGGUACUGGGCUACCUAGAGGUGCUGAGUAAAGCAUGGAUGGAGGAGCGCCAAGUCAGUUGGAGCCAAGACGUAGCUCUGAGUGCCAUGCGGUCGGGAUUCAGAGACUUUGCGCGCGAGAUCGUCACCCACAUUGGGGGCGAAGUCAGGCAAUUGAGGGACAACGUAGGGAAGUUUUGUGAGGGCGCCAUUGAGGGUGCCAAAGCCAUAGCCGCUGUAGAGGGCGAGGUCAGGCCCCGUAAAGAGCCUGUCAAGCUCAAGUUCCCAGACGCCUACGGGGGAAAGAAGGAGGAGAACUUUGACAACUGGGAGGCCAGUGUCAAUAGUUAUAUAUAUCUACAACACAUCCUGAUUGAGGAGCAAGUCCUCGUCGCUUUCCAGGCCCUCAAAGAUGAAGCGGCCAGUUUCGCUAGGUUCCUUGCGCGCGCAGCCGGUUGUGAGAACAACUUGGUUGCUUACUCCAAAGUUACCCCCCUUCCUCAGUUCUUUAAGCUCCUGAAGGAGCGGUUCGCUGACCCAACGAGAGGUGUUCGCGCCUCUGAUAAGUUACAGACGAUCCACUCACGACAGUGGAGGAGUGCAAGGGCACUCAAGGGCACAAUGGACGGCAUUGUAGACGAAGAUGUCUUCAGAACAGGAGGUAGAGGUCGUCCACAGAAACAGUAUAAGGUCCGGUUUGCUUAUCAGGAACCGGAAGAGGACCGCUGGUUCACAAGAACAGAACUUCUAGAAACAGCUCCCGACAUAGUCAGAGCCUAUGAGCGUGAUAAGAAGGGUAAAGUCGUCAAAGGAAUGAUGGGGUUCGAUGCCAGGCGAAGAUCGGAGAAAGCACCACGGAGGGGGAAUGCACCGGCAGGACCAAAAGAUUGUGCGGUUGUGGAAGAGUUUGCUGUUGACCUUGACAUUGACGAAAAUAAGUGCCAUACGGUGAAAGAUUGCAGAGCAUUCCGAAAACGUAAACUUCCAAGCGGAGGGGAUGGAGAAUGACAGCACGGGAUCGGGAAGCUGUGACAGAAACGGUGUGCGGCACGAGUGGACUUUGUGUGGACAGAAAAAGGUAUGCAACAUGAGAUAGGAAAGGGGUGGAGGGUGCCAGCAUUGUAUUGGUCGUAUCUUUCUUGAUGUUGAGAAUCUUAGAGCGACAGAAAAGGUCAGCGACCACAUGAGCAGGCGACGCUCGACAGCUUGUGACGUUGAAAGUUUAAACCAUCGGUACUUCCUGGAGGUGAGCCAGUUCGCACGCUAGAAUAGGAUGUGUGCUGAGCCUGCUGCACAAGCACAAGCACAAGCAGAAAAACGUUAUCUAUUAUAUAUAUCUACGACCGUAAAUGUCGGAGGUCGGCGUAGCUGGGAAAAGUACUGUGGUUGAAGAGAGAAAGAUGUCAGAGGUGGAUGUGUUGCUCAGUGCAAUUACGAGGAGGCUGUUAGACGUGGAAAUUUUUGCGUGCAGGAUUAGUUUUCAGUGGGUUGCUUGAGGAGGAGGAGGUAAAAGAGUUGUAUUGGUUUCUUGUCUGUUGAUUUAUUUUUUUUCGUAUUGCUAACGUCGUUUUUGCUGUGCCAGAAUAGAUCUUAUUUCUGUAUUUCAUAUUUGUAAGUUGCUGUUUUGAGUAGGGUAGGAGUGCCUGUCUUCAUUUACAGGGGUUUACAGGGGUUGGAAAGGCAAAAAAAAUUGUGUUUGAGAUUCGAAUUGCACCAGGAUUUGCCGGCGAAGCAGGUGUGGCGUAGGCAUUGCUACGCGUCUGCUCGACAAAAAUCACUGGUUAGAAAACCGAAUAGCAAAAAAUUGGUUUCCUAUUCGCUACGCGUCUGCUAACAGGGGUAGAGAAGUCUGCAUUGAUAUUGAUCGACUUCAGAACGACGGAUUUUCAUCAAAAGAGGUCUCUGAGCAGUGAGAUGACGGUUAGGAUCGAUGUCGCAUGUUAUAGCCGAAACCCGAGUAGCACUACGUAUCUUCCCAGAGGUGCGACAGCUAGCAUGCUAGGAGGUCUUCCUUGAAUAGGACGUACGAAUCAUCCUCUCUUUGCGUUGGUGGCUCCCCCCCUCGUACGGAUCAUCCUCUCUUUGCGUUGGUCGCUCCCCUUCGUUUAUUACUGUGUUUCAGUCUUUGAUAUGUAUUUUUGCUGUUGUCGCAUGCUGGCCGGUUUUACCGAGGGCUUUCUUUUCCAGCCGUUUGCUCGCCUUGUCGGUCAGCGGCUUGCACUGGGGCGGUCAGCGUCUGGUGUUGACCGGUCCAGCAGGAGCAGCUUGGAUUGGGCAGCCAGCCGAGCCAUCUAUGGAGCGGUCCUGGGUCAUCAUCAUCAGCAGCUUGCAUUGGGCAGCCAGCCGAACCAUCUAUGGAGCGGUCCUGGGCCAUCAGCAGCAGCAGCUUGCAUUGGGCAGCCAGCCGAGCCAUCUAUGGAGCGUAAUGUUGACGGCCCAGGACCAAUGCAAGCUGCUGCUUGCAUUGGGCAGCCAGCCGGGCCAUGUUUUGUCAGAAGGAAAAGUACCAGAGUUGCUGUGGCCUGUGACAAAGUUACGAGUGCCUGUUAUGCUGCUGCUGCUGCUGCUGCUGCUGCUGCUGCUGAUGAUGAUGAUGAUGCCUGCUGCUGAUGAUGAUGAUGAUGAUGAAGCCUUCCUGCUGUAGCGAUCAAUUUGUCUCGUAAAAAAAUUAUAGCAGUUGUUCUUAUUGCUAUUGCCACGAUUGCCGCUUUGUACUCUUUCUACCUCGUCGGCCUCCUAAUCUUUGUCCUCCUCCUCCUCGUUCUGGGCGUCGUAAUCUUUCUUCUCUUGCUUUGUCCUCCUCCAUUAUUCGCUUUCGGUCUGCAGUUGGUCUUGAGAUCGUCUUGACGAGUGAACAGGCUUCAAUUUUGGAAAGCAACUGAAGC